GUCUUACUGGACGCUAGCGCGAUUUCCAGGCGCGAGCACGGCCGCGGUUACAUCGCUGCUUGCGUUUGAGCAUCACUAAUAGUCCAGAAUAAUUGCCAAAGGUUGGCUGCGCAAUCGCAGCGCGCGCGCACUCCGAGCAAAGAAAACUCCUCAGAGACCCAGCGGCUGGCAGACGCGGCGCGCAAAAAAAGAAAUAAAUGGCGUCGCUCCUCGGCUACGGCAAGAGCGACGACCGUAUUAGUGUGACGUUUGACGGCGACGCACAACGACCGAGAAGGCGGCUGUCGCCGAACGCGACACCAGCGCCCGUCUUCGCAGCGGUAGAACCGGUCACGGGCGUCGUCGAGAUCCGUGUCCCCGCCGGCAAGCGCCUAGAGCAUCAAGGUAUUAAAAUAGAGUGCGUCGGCCAGAUCGAGCUGUUUCACGACCGAGGGACGUACUACGACUUCACGUGUGUGCUGCGGGAAUUGGACGUGCCUGGCGUGCUGAUGGGCCAGCAGCGUUAUGCGUUUGACCUGUCGCAUGCGGAGAAGCCCUACGAGUCCUAUAAUGGGUUGAACGUGCGGUUGCGUUACUUUGUUCGAGUUACAGUCACGCGAGGCUACGCGUCCUCAUUAAUAAAAGAGCAGGAGUUCAUCGUCCAAGUCUCGCAACCGGCUCCCGAGACGAACACGCCGGUCAAGAUGGAAGUCGGGAUCGAGGAGUGUUUACACAUCGAGUUUGAGUAUGAUAAGUCGAAGUACCAUUUGGCCGACGUCGUCGUAGGGAAAGUGUACUUUCUGUUGGUGCGUAUUAAAAUAAAACACAUGGAGCUCGCGGUCAUCAGAAGGGAGGCCGCCGGCGCGGGGCCGAACCAGCACAACGAGUCCGAGACGAUAACCAAAUACGAAGUGAUGGACGGCGCGCCGGUCCGCGGCGAGUGCGUGCCGAUCCGAUUGUUCCUGCGCAACUUCAACCUCACGCCGACGUACCGAGGCAUCAACAACAAGUUUUCGGUGAGGUACUACCUGAACCUGGUUUUAGUUGAUCAGGAGGAGCGGCGCUACUUCAAGCAGCAGGAGAUCACGCUCUAUCGAGCGGCGGAGUAAAGAUACUAUUCUUAGGACAGGCCGGCGCUCCCCCCAGUUGUUCGUUGGGCGCCGUUUCUGGUCUCUCAGACC